UGCUACUAUUUAUUCAUUUUAUUUAUUUAUUCUCCUCCUGAUGAACAUUUGGGUUAACUUUGGGGCUAUUAUAAUAAAGUUGCUGUGAAUAUUCUCGUAUAUGUAUUUUUAUAAACAACUGCACUCAAACUCUCUUGAGUGUAUAACAAGGUGUCAGUUUGCUAGAACAUAGGAUUGGUAUAUGUUUAAUCUUGGUUGAUACUGCCAAAUAGUUUUCCAAAAUUAUUGUAACAACUUACAUUCCCAUUAUUAUGUGCUGAAUAUAUGUGUCCCCCAAUAUUUUUUUAUGUUGAAGCCCUAACCCCCAGUGUGGCUGUACUUGGAGUAAAGCAGUAAGUAAGGUUAAAUAAGGUCAUAAAAGUGGGGGCAUGAUCCUAUAGCUUCAUGUUCUUAUAAGAAGAGACACAAGAGAGCACUCUUUCCUGUACCCCCCAACACUGCAUGCACAAAGAAGAGAUCAUGUGAGGACUGCAGCAGGAAGGUGGUCAUCUGCAAUUGAGGAAGAGAGCCCUCACCUCCAGAAACCAAAUUUGCUGACACCUUAAUCGUGGACUUCUGGCCUCCAGAACUGUGAGAAGAUAAUUGUCUGUUUUUAAGCCACCCAGUCUAUAGAAUUUUGUUAUGGUGUCCAGAGUAGACUAAGACAUCCAUCAAGAAUGUAUAAUAGUUCCAGUUGUUCCACAUCUUCCCCAACACUUGGUAUUGUAUUUGAAAUUUUAGUCAUUCUAGUGGAUGUACAGUGCUUCCUCAUUGUGGUUUUCAUCUGCAUUUCCCUGUUGAAUCAUGACGUUGAACACCUUUUCAUAUACUUAUUAGCCAUUUGAAUAUUCUCUUUUGUUAAGUACCAGCCUACGUCUUUUGCCCAUUUAAAAAUUUUGUCUUUUCCUUCUUGAUCUGUAGGAGUUCUCAAUAUAUUCUGCAUAUGAGUCCUUUGUCAGUAUAACUAUUGAAAAUAUCUUUUUUUCACGGUGUCUUGCUCUUUCCCUCUUAAUGUUUUUUUGAUGAACAUCUGCUAGAAUGUUGGUGUUUGCAAAACUGUUUCACGCACGUCAUCUUACAAAUCCCUCUUCCCACUGACAGAUAUUCAGGCUGGGGCCAUUGGUCUUUAUCAGACUGGAAAACUGAAGCUCUGAUCUGUGGCACUUGUGUUAAGAAGGAUGCCCCCUCUACACACACUCAUAUUACUACUAGUGUGGCACUGGGUGGCUAAGCCUAGCAACAGACUUCCUCCAUUCCACAAUGGCAUUAGGUUAGUGAUCAAAAUGUACUGACCAUCAAAGCCACAUUUACUAGGUCCCUGCUGAUUUUCAGGUCCUGUGUGUGGAGGGACAUAAAGGUGAUCAAGACCAGAACCUGUCCCCAAACAGCCUCCAGUCUGGUAGAAGCACUUAUGCACUAGAGAAGAAUUCCUCUCUCUAAAGCAUCCCCUAAGACCCUGCUUGACGCCAGGCUGACAGGAGGGGCGGAGGACAGAACUGAAACAGAAGUAGCCCUUUACCUUGAGGACCUUACAGACUGGCGGAGAGAGACCAAAAACCACGGGCCAGAAUCACCCAAGGCAGCGAGAGAAGUUCCCCCCAGGACAAAAGUAUGAGCCAGGGGUGGGGCGGACAGAAGGACGGGUUCCAUUCUAAAACAGUGAGCAGGGACUGUGGACCCACAUUGCUCUGGACUCAAAUCACGACUUUUAGCACGGUUUUUACCUCUAGGUUCGUUGUGAGGGCUAAAUGAAUUCAUAUAAGUUAAUUCAAGCUUGUGCAUGCUUAGUAAGCGCUGUGAACGCCAGCCAGUCUUAUUCAAAUAUAGGGAAGGGUGGGUCACUUUUACUUUUAAAAAAUAAUAAAAGUAAAAGCCCUCUGAAGGGAAGCUUUAGGUGAAGACGCGAACAAACCUGCCGCCACCGAUCUAAAUCAGAUGGCGAAGAGGUGCGCCGGGAAGCAUUUGGUGAUGGACGUGCGCGCGCCCGAGGCCCCUUUACGUGCACGCGCCCGCUACCUGGUCUUGCCGAAGGCGUGACCGUAAAGGGGCCCGGCUCUGUCGUGAAAGGGCCGCAAAAAGGCCGAGGGCGAGUUGACGGCUGCGACUCCAUUUUGUAGGCCGCUUCGUUGUGUGCAUCCACGGCGAUUCUUCCCACAGAGUUGUGAAGCGAAAGGCUUACAAUUAAAAGGAAGAAAAAAAAAAUAAAGAUAAUUCGGGAGUACAAUUGACAAAGCGUGUGGGUCGCUCAGCCUCCAGCAGUAACUGCUGAUCUCCAGUUCUUGGAGGGUUCCGGUGAGAAGAACGCCCCUACUGCGGUACUGAAGAAGCGGCGGGAGGAGAUGCGGCCCCUGGACAUAGACGAGGUGGAAGCGCCUGAGGAAGUGGAGGUGCUGGAGCCCGAGGAGGAUUUCGAGCAGUUCCUGCUCCCGGUCAUCAACGAGAUGCGCGAGGACAUCGCGUCUCUUAUACGCGAGCACGGGCGGGCGUACCUGCGGACCAGGAGCAAGCUGUGGGAGAUGGACAAUAUGCUCAUCCAGAUCAAAACGCAGGUGGAGGCCUCGGAGGAGAGCGCCCUCAAUCACGUGCAGCACCCGAGUGGCGAAGCCGACGAGAGAGUGUCGGAGUUGUGCGAGAAGGCUGAGGAGAAAGCCAAGGAGAUUGCGAAGAUGGCAGAGAUGCUGGUCGAGCUCGUCUGGCGAAUAGAGAGAAGCGAGUCUUCUUGAAGGAGGAGAUCGGUGGUUCACAGCUGAGGACUGUAGUCAACUGGUAAGGAUGAACUGACACCUUGAGGAAACUGAAACAGCUUGUCAUUUUCUCUGUUUUGUUUUUGUAUGUCUUUUACCCCCAUGUGACAGUCUCCCUUAUGGUCAGUGAUUGAUGACCUCGAUAUGGAUUUAGAUUAUCAAAUGUGUUUGGUUUUGGAAAUAUAACUUUUGUCGAAGAAAUACUCUCAGAAGAGAAAUGGGGCUUAAUUAAGUCGUUUUUGUGGUCACGUUUAUUCUUGUUACUUCGCUGUGUUUUUGAAAUGUUGGGCAUGGCCUCGUGUUUUGCUAUUACCUUUGUGACCUGAUUGUUUUUUGGAACACGUCAAGACGUGGGAUCAGAAUCUUCCAACUGGAGAGGUGCAGUGGAAGACACUACGCUACUUGGUUGGGCCUGGUGAAGAAUGUAUUAAUGAGACUGCUUUGCAUAAAGCUGGGAAGAAAGAGAAGACAGUUGGAGAUGGAAGAUGGUUUUGUAUAUAUUUUGGAACUUUAGUUCCUCUGUGAGACGAAAGAGGAGAGCUAUGUUUUGUGGCACAUUGUCUGAUAUAUAUUGUGUAACCUGUCAGGUGAGUUGACUUAGACAACAUAGCUGACCUUUUAUGACAAGGCAGUUUGAAUAGGGACUAUUGUAAUACCCUCACACAUUAUAGGGGCAUCAGAGAAUGGCAUCGAAGAGACAGUCUACAGAGAGCUUUAAAAGGCCAGAGAAAGGAAAAGACAUUAUCAGGGCCUGGAAAGUCUCUUCCAGUUCAUCAGGGUAGUAGACCUGUCAGAUUGGAGGUCAAAGUCAAAAGUAUAAUAAGUGUUAAUUUGCCUUGAAAAACAAAGACCUAAAAAGCCUUUUUUAAGAAAUAAAUUUUUUGUUCACAUGACCAAAGCCCCUCCUGUGUGUGUUAAUAAAAGAAUCAUAAACAAA